AUGGCGAGCUAUGCACUUCUCAGGAUAGCUUUCAGCUUUAUUUUUAUUGUCACGCAUAGCUUUGCUGACAACACGUUAUCUUUUCCUAAAGAUUUUCUAUUUGGUGCUGCUUCAUCUGCUUAUCAAAUAGAAGGAGGUUGGAAUGAAGGUGGUAAGGGCGAGAAUGUUUGGGACAAAUUUGCGCAUGAACAUCCAGAAUUAAUAGUUGAUGGUAGCAACGGCGAUGUGGCUUGUGAUUCCUAUCAUAAAUAUAAAGAAGAUGUACAGUUAUUAAAAAACAUGGGAGUUGAUUUUUACCGAUUUUCUAUUAGUUGGUCACGUGUCUUACCGACUGGUUACGCCAAUGUGAUUAAUCAAGAGGGACUAGAUUAUUACAAAAAUCUUACUAACGAAUUAUUAGCGAAUGGUAUCGAACCGUUUGUUACUUUGUUUCAUUGGGAUCAUCCAACCGUCUUUGAAAGCAUGGGUGGUUGGACUAAUGAAAUGAUGGUUGAAUGGAUAUCUGAUUACGCAAGAAUCAUUUUCAAAGAACUCGGCCCCAAAGUUAAAUACUUUAUGACUAUCAAUGAACCUGCCGUUAUUUGCAAUGAGGGGUACGCUGAUAACAGAAAAGCACCAGGAAAGAAAUUAGGCUCGCCUGGGAAAUAUCUGUGCAUGCAUAAUAUUCUAAAAGCGCAUGCCAAGAUUUAUCAUAUCUAUGACACAGAAUUUCGAGAACAACAGAAAGGCCAAAUUGGUAUAGUCGUAUCUUGUUCAGGCGCAUUGCCCAAAACAUCUUCUGAUACUGCAGCAGCAGAUGCAUAUUAUCAAUUUAAUUGCGGUUGGGUUGCCAAUCCCGUGUUUUCAAAGGAUGGUGAUUAUCCAGAAAUUAUGAAAAACCAUAUAGCUGAGAAUAGUAAAUUGGAUGGUUUUCCGAGAUCACUUUUGCCUGAAUUUUCGCCAGAAUGGGUGCAGUAUAUCAAAGGUACAUCGGAUUUCUUUGCAUUAAAUCAUUACACUUCGAGACUUGUGGAAAUAGUACCACGAACAGAAGGUCAAGCAUGGUACGAUUAUUCUGGUGUAAAAGCGAGCAUAGAUCCAUCAUGGCCAAAAAGUGCUUCGGAUUGGCUCAGAGUUGUUCCUGUUGGAUUUCGAGAGCUUAUUAAGAAGAUUUCAAGUGAAUACGAUAACCCAACUAUCUUUAUUACGGAAAAUGGUUUCUCUGACAAAUGUUGUACUACUGAUUAUUCAAGAAUAUCUUACUUGGAUUCUUAUAUGAAAGAAAUGUUAACCGCCAUUCAGAAAAAUGGAUGUAAUGUGAAAGGAUAUGCUGUUUGGAGUUUAUUAGAUAAUUAUGAAUGGCAAAGUGGUUAUACUGAACGGUUUGGAUUGGUACAUGUGAACUUUACGGAUCCUAAUCGAACGAGAACUCCAAAACGGUCCAUGAACUGGUAUAAAAAUAUCAUUAAGAAUGGGAAACUUUCAAUUGAUGAGUUAAUCACAGUUAAUAUAGUUUGA